GCCGGGAGAAUGCUGCUGCCGGGGACUCGGGGCGCGGCCAGUCGCAGCUUCUUUGCGAGGGGUUAACUGCAGCUCCUGCGGCCAGGCGGGCGCGAUCGCUUCCUCUCCCGCUGCCCCGGAACAUGGAUACUGCGCCCACGAGAUGUUCGCGAGCUGAACCAGGCAGUCAGGAAACAUGAGAAGGCCUCGAUAUUCCGGGUCCCGGGCCGCGCGCGUCCGUUUGGGUAAAUAAAGCCGAGACGACGGCGGUGGCGGCGUUGAGCUCGUCGAAGCUUUUGCCGAGAGCAUGCGUCGGGGAUGGGAGUGUGCCUAGAUCCAAGGAGGGACAGCCAGCCACUGGCUGAGGGCUCCGCGGCCACAGAACCGGAGCCCUACUGCGGAGUUCCUGGCGGCCCGGCUCCAAGGCUCUGCGGCGAGGCCGGGAAUCCCUGCCAGCCCGCACCAUGAACACCAUCGUCUUCAACAAGCUCGGGGGAGCGGUGCUUUUUGAGGACCGAGGUACCCCAGAGCGGGAACGUGGGAGCAGACCAUACGGUGGCAUUUUGGACAAUCCACACGCACGCCCGGAGGUGGGCAUUCCAGAUGGCCCGCCCCUCAAGGACAACCUCGGCCUGAGACACCGGAGGACUGGGGUCCGACAGAAUGGAGGGAAGGUGAGGCACAAGCGACAGGCCCUGCAAGAUAUGGCGAGGCCUCUUAAGCAGUGGCUUUAUAAGCACCGUGACAACCCUUACCCCACGAAGACCGAGAAGAUAUUGUUGGCCCUCGGUUCGCAGAUGACACUAGUGCAGGUGUCCAAUUGGUUUGCUAAUGCUAGACGUAGGCUGAAGAACACUGUUCGCCAGCCAGAUUUGAGCUGGGCCUUAAGAAUAAAGCUAUACAACAAGUACGUGCAAGGCAACGCCGAGCGGCUCAGCGUGAGUAGCGGCGACUCCUGCUCCGAAGAUGGAGAAAAUCCCCCCAGAAAUCACACAAACGAAGUGGGCUACAGCACCCCUGCCCAUCACACUGUCAUUAAAGGGGAGAACUCAGUGAUAAAAGCCGGAGUGAGACCGGUGAGGCCAGAGUCAAGGGCAGCCGAGGACUACGUGUCACCUCCCAAGUACAAAAGCAGCUUGUUGAACCGUUACCUUAAUGACUCUUUGAGACAUGUCAUGGCCACAAGCACUGCCAUGAUGGGAAAAACAAGGCAAAGGAACCAUUCAGGAUCUUUUAGCUCCAAUGAAUUUGAGGAAGAGUUGGUGUCUCCAUCAUCAUCAGAAACUGAAGGCAACUUUGUCUAUCGCACAGACACUCUGGACAAUGGCUCGAAUAAAGGUGGCAGUGCAGCUAACAGAAGGGGCCCGAGCAAGGAUGACACGUACUGGAAAGAGAUCAAUGCAGCUAUGGCCCUAACAAACCUCGCCCAGGGAAAAGACGAAGUACCAGGGACCACGAGCUGCAUCAUCCAGAAGUCUUCCCACAUCGCAGAAGUAAAGACAGUCAAGCUGCCUCUGGCACAGCGCUUCUAGUGUGGCCAGGGGUGCUGCUGAGCAUGUCAGUGUUUUCUUUGUUUUUUUACCUAAAAUCCUCAUCUUAAGAGCCAAAGCAGGUGUGAAGAGGACUCCCAGCCAAACCUCCUAAGUUCAGCUAUCCUAAAUAUACCAGUUGCUUCUAUAAAAAGACACAUAAAUUAUAAAAAAUCAUUUUAAUCAAAAAUAUUAACUUAUUUUAUGUUACUGAAACUAUGCAUCUGCGUUAGCAUUACAGUAAGUGCCUUGCUUCCCUGAGAUAAGCUCCAACGUGGGCACAGUGAAGAGCUGAGCCUCAAACAGCCGACGUCGACACUUGCUAGACCACAUCAUUCCAAACUGGUGCAGGACCGAAGCCAGAAUCGCUGAAAGCCCUUGAAAUAAAUCCAGUUACUCACACAUUGAAACUUGGAAAUCUGUUCAACCCAGGUGAAGUGUUUUUUUCUUUUCUUUUUUUUUCCUUCUCCCAGGAAUGCUGAUAGGGCUAGAAAUUGUUCUUUGUACUUUCCAGGGUGACAGUGAGAACUUUAUGUGUGGGUUUUGUUAGUGUAUCUGAUCCAUGAACAGCUUCCAAAAUAAAAGGUGCAGCCAGCUCACUUGAUGUGAAUGACUCACAUGAUGUAUAUGUUUAAGAAGAGACACUUUCAAACUAGUAAUUACGGUAUGCUGUAACCAGAAAUUAUUUUCCCGAUCACUGUGGAAAGCAUUCCAAUGCCCUUUAAAAUUAAUUUAAUUUUGCAAAGAGCCUUAUUAUAUAAAUCGCUGAAUUUUGUUCCUGUGCAAAACUAAACCUAUAGUUUAGUUUUAAGACAUGAUCUUGCUUGCAUUGGUCAGUGUUCCUUUGUAAUGGAAACUGGCUUUCAUAUGGAGUAACUAAGCUUUUCAUUUGGUUCAUUUCAAGUCACGAUUCUAAUGGACAAUUUGUAUUGCAACGAGAACAAGAAAAUGAAGGAAAAUAUCUGUAUGUGGAUAUACAUAUAUGCAGAAAAUUGAUUUUUUAGAAUUUAAAACAUAUGGGAAAUAAAACAGGAACAGUCUCUGGUUUGUGCCAAGUAGGACAUUCAAGUAAAAUGUAAAUGAAAUUUUGCAUUAAAAGAAAGAACAUUUUGUUUCUAACUGACACUACCACUGAGUGGAAACAAUCACUAUCAAAGAAAAAGAGCAUCCUUGCCUUUAAACAUCCUAACCAGCUUGGGAACGCUCGAAACCUACAGAAAUUUGGAGACGCCAAACAAAGCAAAGCAAAUGUUGAACAAAGUGAAAAGACGCCUAUUUUAGAGUGGGACUUUUUUUUCUGGGUAUGUAAUCUACUUCUUAAAAUUUUUUUGACUGGAAAGCACUUUUGCCAAGUGUGAAUGACAUUCAGUAACAUGGCACGUGCUGAUUUUUUCUUUAUUUUACAAAAAGCUUUUAAAAGUCAAAGGCCGCUCUUCGCUGCGGGGUGGGCACGAUGGCCAUGAUGGCCGCUGUGAGACACUUUUUCUUGUGUCAUAGCCUUGUGGGGUGGGGUGUCUAGUGUAAUGAAGAUAAUUUGAUAUGAAAAUAUUUUAUAUGUCUAUUAUUCCUGUUUUCUUAAGCGCAGUUUGCAGUAGCAGGAAGCCCAAGGUGAGGUGUGUAUGUGAUGACCGUAUGAGUGAAGUAUUGUAUGAUGAAGUACUGGCUUCUGCUACUGCGUCCUCAGUACUCUGAGACCCAGGAUGCAAAGUGGAAGUCACCACAACGCCUCUGCCCAGACGUGAGUGUGGCAGUGAAAGACAAGGACAAAUACUUCACUCUUUUUCAUACUAUUAUAAGUUAUUCUGGUAUUAAAUAUUUUAAUAAAAGUGUUCUUGUUUUACUAUGUUGCAAUUAUAAAAACGAAUGCUGGUUGUAUUUUAUUUGAAAUUGUCAUGUUUUAUUUUUUCCAUCUUUUGGGGAAAAAUCAGUGAAUUUGAUCUGUAUUAUGAACACAAACCAAUGACAGGACACAUGACUUCUUUCAAGUGCCAAAGCUUGGAGUCCAGCCUGUACACACUUUAAAAAAAAACAUAUUAUUAGCAUAUCCCCAGCAAUGUCUCCAAUUACAGUUACUUUUAAUUUAUUAUUUUUCUUUCAUUGCUGUUGUCUGAAUUGUCUGGAACUCAGAGACCCCUUCACCCCUUAAAAGCACCUUAAACAACACUGAGCCAGCAGCCAAAAGGCUAACACGUAAUUUAUAUUGAAGAGAG